UAAACGGAGAUACCUCCGAUGCAAAACUCGUCCUUACUACCCUGCCCCAAUGUUAUGUUUCAAGUGCUACACUUUCGGACAUACAAAACUGCGAUGCCAACAACUAACUUCUACUUGUGGUCACUGUGCCCAGAAACACGCUAUUGUGGAAAACUCCCCUUGUACUGCAACCGCUCUCUGCCCCAGAUGCUUAACAAACCUUCACUCAACCUCUAGUCGCAAUUGCCCGGUAUAUCAACAAGAAGACGCCAUUCAGCGGAUUCGGGUGGACAAGGGAAUCUCGUACCCCGCAGCGAGAAGGAUCUUUGAAACGGCCACUGGCAACAAAUCCUUUGCCGGUGUGACCAAAGAUAGUAAAGAUAAGACGACUCAAACUCUGGAAUCGAGGCUGGAACAAGUAAUCAAGAAACUUGUUAGUAAGGACAGGAAAAUUAACGCUCUCGAAGAAACACUAAAGACCAGCCCAGAGGCUAAUGACUCUGAUGUACAAACAUUAGUCGAAUUCAGGCUGGCUAUCACCGAGCUCCACGAAGAACUGCAACGUAAAGACGAGAGAAUCAAAAGCUUGGAAAACACCCUUACAGGACAAGCAACUCAAAAAAGAUGUGGCUUCUAAAGACUAGGAGAUUACUACCCUUCGUGCCAACCAAACCCAGAACUCCAUACCAACACCAGACGAACUACUGUCAGCUAACACAACAAAACCAACCGAAGAUCUAAUAUCCAAUGUAACCAAUACCUCCCAAUCAAAAGCCAAGCAUCAGAAGAACACCGGAACUAAGAAAAAAACCACUUCACAGAAGAAUACUAAACCAAAAAGAAGAAAAGGAACUGACUCACCAAUCAUUUUUUCGGACUUCGAAGAAACUCCGAGCCUGAAUGGUAACAUGCUCUCGGGUACUACCGAUAAUCUAGACCUAGCGAUAUCAUCGGGCGACGAACCAAUUAAUCGAAUAGAUUCGUUGGAACUCCAAUAAAACCUGUUCAU